GUCAUGUUCUCACUUACCUUGAGGAUGCAGUGAGUCAACUAUUGGAGUAUAAGGAAGAACACAGUAAAAUAGGGAUUGCCAGAUUCCUUGCUGAUUAUUUCACCAGUGUUAAACAUGGGAGCCACAUUUUGUUUCGUGAGUUCAGCUUCGUCCAAGCCACCCCCUACAACAGAGCUUCAUUUAUCCGAAUGUUCUGGCAAUGCUUUCGACAGAUCGGGAAGAAUGGAGAUCUACUGACUGUGUUGGAGUACCACUCCUUACUUCAGCUCAUUUGCCAUGACUUCCCGUUGGAUCUUGCCCAGAAAGCAGCAAGGAUUAUCCUAAUGGAUGAUGCAAUGGACUGCCCGAUGUCAUUUGUGGACUUUUUGUAUGCAUUCCAGAUUCAGUUCUAUUAUUGUGAAUUUCUUGGAAGCAUUGGUAUAGUUUACCAGGAUCUCCACAUGGGAAAGAACCCAAACACUGUGAUUGUGCCAACAUCUUCAAUUGAACAAUGCCAGUCCCCAACGAGUGAAACACCAACUCAAGAGGGGGUUGAUGCAGCUCAGUUUUAUGACUGUCUGGAAACACUCUGUGAUAGGUAUAGGUACAAGCACCCAUCAACUUUGUCCCUGAAGCAGAUCCUGAACAAAGUGAAAAGAGUGACAUUCUUCGGCUUUCUGAUGGCCAUUGUGAAGCAUGAAGGGAUUAACGGCACUUUGGGGAUUGUGCCCAACAAGUUAGAGGUCUUCACCGAUUCAGAAAUGGACCAAGAACUGGAGAAAUUCAUUGAUCAGUUGCUCAAUACUCCAGCCACCAGUAGACCUACCAACAAGGAACCCACCAGAAAGACCACUCACCGUAAGGCCAUCACCCAUCGCAAAAAAGUCAACGUUGAGAGUGAUGGGUCAACAGAAGAAACCGAUUCCUCAGAAAAUUGACCCUUUCUGUUUUAUUAAUUAUUCAUUAUAAACCCUCAGUUGUGCAAUGUUUGAAUCCCACGCUGGACACGAAGACUCACUAUUUCUGCCAUUUCUCCUGAACCAGUGCUAGGUUGUCUCUUCUACAGGUACAAGUACAGAUACAGGUACAGGUAUAAGUACAGAUACAGGUACAGUGUACAAAUACAGUGUACAGAUACAAGUACAGAUACAAGUACAGGUACAGUGUACAGGUACAGGUACAGCUCUAUCUGGGAUAACUCAACCCACUUCCCAUUGAACUUUACCCAAAUGAAAAGUUAGCAACAACCACUUGUUGAAUCCUUCUGGAGAUGGAAGGUUUGUAAAGAUGGCGUGGUGUUAACACCAUUGUGCUGUGCCACUAAUCUGUUCUAUUCCUUGGCAGUGAGCUACACCUUCUUGAUAUGAGCACAAAGCAGAAAUGAUUUGUGUCCAUCUACUUUGCCUAUAGUUGAGGACAGAAAUCUCGGCUCAAUUUACAGGAUGGGAUGAAAGGUCUUUUGACUGAUGUAGAGUCAUGGUGGAAUUAAUUUUCACUGUUUAAACCUAGAAACAGCGAUGAUGCAUCUCAGUCAAGUCUGUUCAAGAAUCUUCUAAAUAUGUUGUCCGUAUUGAAACAUAAUUUGUCUUUGGGUCCAUGGAAUUAGCGGAAAUGUAAAGAAAUUCUUGCCUUAUAACUAACUCAACUCCCCUGUGGUAUAAAUCAUUUUCAGCAGUGCUAACCCACGUGUAUGAACAUCAUAGUCAAUAGUAACAGUCACUAAAUAAAUCAUUGAUGAGGACUUCUGAUUUACAAUUAUAACAACCUCCCACAAAAAAGAUUGAAAGCUUCCAAGAAAGUUGCGAGAUUCUCCCCGUAUAGUAUAAGCUACAAAGAUGACAAAG